UUUGGUGUUUUGCGGUUCACAGCUUGCUUGCUAAUACCUGUCUGACAAAUGCAUUCAGUAUGUCUGUAAGUACACUGUGGGGAACAGCAGCAAUUAGUGGGUUUGAAUCAUAUAAGGCGAGGGUCUUUGCCACUUUGCAACAUAUCUAUUGCAUGAGGAGAGGUUGCAGAGUACAAAUUGCUUGUGUUGCAGAGUAGGCACCUUUACUGGUUAGAGCUCCGUUGCAUUGGUAGGUUGUGGGUGAGGCUUGAUUCCUGGAGGUAUGUUUGGGAGAGCUCAGCAUCUGAAAUCUAGUCUUCAUCAGAUCUCUACCCCUGGAAGCUAGAGUCUCUGAGUGAAUCUAUUGUCUUCCGAUGUGGAGUCUCCCUGGCUAAGCCAAGGAGACCUAAUUUUGGGCCUUUGGCCCAUAGUUCUGAAUCCUCUGGGAAAGGAGUCAGUGUAGAAAGCUUAUUUUAAUUUUCUGCUCUGAACAGACUCAGUAGCUCAUGAUCUGCACAAAAUUUUUCUGGCUUGUUGGCCAUCUUGUGUCUCACCUGCCACAUAAACCAUGAAUGUUUUAGGCCUAAGGUUAAAAGCACCCUAGUUCUCUAUGAUGCCAAAGGCUAUACGUUUCUGUUGACUUCGGUAGGAGAUGAGGACUAUUCUGGAUUCUCAGGUUCCAUGAAGCAGUGUAUAAAAGUCUUGGGAGCUUCAGAUGUCCCACAGUAUGGCAUGAAUGAAGAAGUUAAAAAAGAGCUGGGCCUAUGAAAAAUGAGUUUUCUACUAGAAUGAGAGCAUUUAAAAUUGCAGUCAAGUGUUUUGCUUUAUGUGCUACUGAAACAAAAAUUAAAGCAGACGUGAUAUGCAUGCAUAGAGGCAUUCAGAGAUAGUAUCAGGCUCCAUGGAUGACUCUGCACAAGUUAGAUCAGCUCUUCUGAUAUGAACAGAGAAGCUCAGUGCAUUUAAAGUGCCAGGCUCUAUGCCCACAGUGAUCUGCCUUCCAUGCUGGGCUGAGGGGAGCAGGUGACAGAAAACUGCUUUCAUACUGCGGAAAUACAGCUGAGAGUGCUCUCAGCAAGCUGAAUCCCUGGUUACACUAUUAGGAAAACUUUCUUGCAUCUUUUUUGCCACAAGAAUGACACAAGUGGUCUGGAAAAACAGCCACAGAUCUAAUUUUUCUCUUGGAAAUAUUUUCUCUAGGGAUAAGUGCCAAUGCAGAAGGAGCUUCUGUGUUAAAAUCCCCAUGGUUGUAGAGCCCUUGAAGUAGUCAUCUUCACCAGAAGUGAGUCAUGGGGAUCUUUAUCGCUGUGAAUAAGCUUGCAAGGUUCAUAAGCUCAAACAGCUCUAAAUAGUUUCAGUCAAACUUCGGUUAUUCUGUUUUAAACUGUUCCCAAAGUUUGGUUGAUAUAUAGAAAUUUUGGUGAAAAAAAAGUUAAGACACAGUGUUGAGCGUAAGUAAAGGAAGGGAAAAGUUCACCUGGCGAUUUUGACAACCUUGUAGUAACUUCAGAAGAACCAUCUGAAAAGAUAUUGAAAAGCUCUAUGACUUUCUGAUAUGGAGGACGAUGAAUUGUAAUGAUCUGCUUUCAGGGUUGUGCACUGAAUUGUCUGACAUAUUUUCCACUUCUGAUACUCAUUUUUCUGUGACUCUUCAUGCUUUAGGCAGAUCUCAUGGACUAUGCUAUUUGUCCAUGAUCCCAAGGUAAGUUUUUAUGUUCCAGUUAAGCUGAGUUAUUGCCUGCAUGCCACUGGGGAGAGAUAGUCCAGGAUAGUCCUCAGGAAAAAGAAAGUAAUUCUAUUGCUUCAGCUCCUUAAGUGAGCUUAGCAUUUGGCCCAAGGAAUGCUACUGUCCUUAAUCUUGUUAAUUUUGGAGGACUGUUUUGAGGGUAAUUAUUACCAGGAGUGAACUGAACCUUUCAUGAUUUGCAUGUUAUCUGAAAUCAGUUCCUGUGUGGUUAUUUGGAGAGGAAAGCUGUAUGGUUCUUCCCUGUAUGGUUCUUCUGGCUCUUCUGAGCCAACAUCUAAGGGCUGUACUUGGGUAAAGGUAGACAUCUGAAAAGAAAAAAUUGCUUACAGGACUUAAUGAGGAUUUGACACAACAGAGGGGUUAGAGAGGAUAUAGUGCUAUAUGUGUCAUAACACGACAGUGAACUUUGUUUUUUAAUUACUCGUGGCCUGUAUAAUAACACUGAGUAGCAAACAUUGCCUUAGUAGGUCUUACCCCAAAUAAUUUAUUGUCACCUAAACUGAAAAACAGUAGGAUAAAACAAAUGUUAAUUUAUUGAUUCCGAAAAAGUGAUUAUUCAAAAAAUACAAGGGGUUGGUGGCAGCUAAGAAAGAUACUCUUCUCUUGAUAAUUUGAAACUAAAUACCUUAAACAUAAGUCAAUUAUUCCUGUCAGCCAGGUGGUGAAGUGUAAUGCUUACCUAACUCUUCAGAGGUCUUUACUCAAGCAAUUUUGUACUGACAUCAGUGUCAUACUAUUUGAAUAAGAUCUGAAGAUAAAAGUCUCAGAAACUGGCUUGAGUGGAAUUACACUGAGGUAUCUUACUCAAUUAUUUCAAUUAGGUGCUCUGCAAUCACUUGGUUUAAAACAAAAGAACAAUUUCUGAACUUAAACACAGUGGAUUUCAAUGUGUGGUUUUACAUUGACGUAUCUUGGAAGGAGAGCACUCCAGACCUUAGAUACCCCCAGAUAAAUAAUAAGCAAUUUCCUCCCAUCUUGAAGCUACAGAGAUCACCAGCUCACCAUAUUUACACCUACACCUGCAAAAUAUCUAAGGAAAUUAUUAGCUCUCUUACCCUGGUCAAGAUAAAGACGUGGAUAAAGGCCUGAGCUGCUGAUUUUAUUGUAUGAUAUCUUAAAGACUGCAGUGGUUCAUGAGAUGGUAUUCUGUGGAAGAGAUUCAAAGACACAGACAAUGCAUCUACUGACUAGAUGGAAGAGAUGGGAAGUGAAGGGAGACUUUCUGAACAUGGCAGAAUUCACCCAUAAACCGGGAAGGACUAUAUAGGGAUAGUAACAAAAGGUUGUUUCAGCAGCAACAACAAGCCGUGAGCGUGUUUGUCAGCUGACAGAUCUGUUAUCCAAAUUGGGUUUUCUGUUGCUGUCGCCAUCUUGUGUGCUAUGGGGAGCCCACCAGCCAAGAUGAAGAUUUGUCCCAUCUACAUGCUUUCUGUAAGAAUCAUACAAGCCAGGAACAUCAAGUCAAGAGACCUAUGGACAGUUCCACUUUCCUGCCAAAACCUUGCGGGGCAUUGUUAUUCACUGCUUGAUACCAGUCUGAAGUAUUUAGGCCUCUCGGGCUGCAGUAGACAUCUUCAGUCAAGUCCAGACUCCAGCUCUGAAAGACAUCAACUUGGAGAUUUCUUUUCACACCGCUGUCAAGCUCCACAAAUGACUGCAUCAGACUGCUAUGUGCGCUUGUGGCUGCCAUCUGCUUCAAAUGAAAAGCUUCAGACCAAAACUGUCAGGAAUUCUGACAACCCUGUCUGGAAUGAGACUUUCUACUUUAGGAUCCAGAGAGAAGUUGAGAACAUUUUAGAAUUGGCAGUGUGUGAUGAAGAUCCACUCACCAAAGAUGACAUGCAGUUCACAGUUCUUUUUAAUAUUGCUAGAGUCAGACCCGGAGAGAGAGUCCGUGAGAAGUUUGCUUUGAAAUCAGAGAAAGAGAGGUGCAUUAAGAAAUGGGAAAGUUUGGAAGUGGAAUUCUGGAUGGAAAAAAUUCCUGGCCCUCCAGAGUAUGUCAUUACCAAUGAUGUCCUAGUGUCCCGUGAAGUUUGGUGCUUGGAAGUGCAAGUGGACAAUAGUGAAAGCAGGAAAUAUUUGCGAGAGGGUAAAAAUCUCGUGCUUACGGUGCCUGCAUCUCAUGAAGGAACACAGAAAGCUACAGAGGACACAAAUACCUUCUACUUCCACUGUGUUAAGGCUUGGGAGCCAGUUCUAAAAGCCAGGCUACAGAAAGUUUCUGAUAAGGAAGAUGACACAAACAAUUUAAGUGACACCCUAACAGUACCACUGAAGUUUCUCCCUGUUGGGCAUAAAGUGAAAGUAACCCUCCCUGUAAGACAUAAUGUGCCUCUGCAGUUGUACCUCCAACUAAAUGAUUGCACGGAAAAACUUGAUGUGCGCUUAGGAUAUGAUCUGUGCCGAGAAGAGCAGGAAUUCUUGCAGAAAAGGAAGAGAGUGGUUGCCAGUGCCCUGAAAAGGGUUUUUCAUCUAGAAAGAGAUCUACAUGGACAUGAGGUCCCAGUAAUAGCUGUUAUGGCAACAGGCGGAGGCCUCAGAGCGAUGUCAGCUAUGUUUGGCCAUCUCUUAGCUCUUCAGAAGUUAAAUCUGUUGGACUGUGUUACCUAUCUCACUGGGGCUUCUGGCUCAACAUGGACACUAGCAGACCUGUAUGAACAUGCAGAUUGGUCACAGAAGAGUCUGGAGGGGCCACUCAGAGCAGUAAAAGCACAAGUGACAAAAUGCAAGCUCAACCUUAUGUCUAUGGAGCAUCUGAAGUAUUAUCACAGGGAACUUGCUGAGAGGGCAAAAGCAGGACACGUCUCAUCUUUUACAACGCUGUGGUCGCUUGUUCAGGAAAUGUUCUUACAUGGACGGCCGAGAAAGUACAAACUCACGGACCAGCGCAAGGCAUUGGAGCAUGGACAAAACCCAUUGCCUUUCUAUGCAGUCCUCAAUGUCAAAGAGGAAAAGUUCAGUACUUUCAAAUUUAGAGAGUGGGCUGAGUUUUCUCCUUAUGAAGUGGCCAUACCAAAGUACGGAGCCUCCAUUCGUUCAGAAUAUUUUGACAGUGAGUUCUUCAUGGGAAGACGAGUGAAGAAGCUGCCAGAAUCCCGGAUCUGCUAUCUGGAAGGUCUUUGGACAAACAUCUUUACGAGGAAUUUGCUGGAUGGCUUGUACUGGUCCUCAAAUUCAAAUGAAUUCUGGGAGAGAUGGGCCAAAGAUAUGGUAGAUAUAGAAAAACAUUCUCCUGAGGAGGAUACCACUAUCAUCGAGCCUCCAUCUUGUUUGUCAGGGAAGUUGUAUGAAAUGUUUCAGGACAUUAUUACCAAGCGUCCACUACUGGGAAAGUCUCAUAACUUCCUGAGAGGCUUAGAAUUUCAUAAGGAUUAUGUCCAUCAGAGAAAAUUUAUUGAAUGGAAAGACACCGUGCUGGACUCUUUCCCUAACAGUCUGACACCGCUGCAGAAAUAUCUUUGCCUGAUAGAUGUUGGCUAUUUCAUUAACACCAGUGGUGCCGCACUUUUCAAGCCAGAGAGGAACGUAGAUGUCAUUAUCUCACUUGAUUAUGGUUUGGGGAAUGCGUUCAAGCAAUUAGAGAUGACAUACAAAUAUUGCAAGAUACAAAAAAUCCCAUUCCCCAAAGUGGAGAUAAGUGAAGAAGAGGAGAAGAACCCAAAGGAAUGUUACGUAUUUGAAGAUGCAGAGGACCCCAGAGCACCCAUAGUAAUUCAUUUCCCCCUUGUGAAUGACACAUUUAAGGAAUUCAAGGCACCUGGGGUAAAGCGCAGUCUCUCAGAGAUGGAAGAAGGCAAAGUAAAUCUGGACAACAACCGUUCACCCUAUUACCUCAUUAGGCUAAUCUACUCUCCUGAAAAUUUUGACAAACUUGUGAACCUGAGCAAAUACAACAUCCUCAACAACAGACACCUGCUCUUUCAGGCACUUCAGAAUGCGGUGGAACGGAAAAUUAGUUGCACGACUGGGAAUCUCCCCAGCCACUCUGGAGCUGAAUAUGCCUAGGAUGGGUUUUCACUCUUUUCCCUACUGAAGGCUACGACAGUCACAUUACAAUGGACUCGUAACAAUCACAUAACAUCACAGUCACAUUACAAUGCAUCACAGUGUUCAUUAUUUAUGGGAGACUGAGGAAACCUGUACAUUUCUCAUCUCACAUUGUUCAAGUUCCAAGCUUUCAAAAGGGUGUAUUUAACCUUCCUCCCCCAAGUUUUCAGACCACAAGAGCCUCACAGUGUCGUUUUACUUGGUAAGAAAUGAGAGUUCUGGUUAGCAGAGGCCUUUCUAGAAUUUGCCAAUGUCAUUAAAAAUGGUGGUGGUGAUAGCAAUAGUUCUUUACAUGUGCCCGUUCCCUCAAUCCUGAGCCCAUUAUCAGUGCCUUUAGAAUGAUACAAUUACAAACCAAGUCCUGGCCAUUUGCAUUCAGUAAUGUCCAGAUUUUCAGCUAGGCUGAGCAGCAAGAAUUUGCACUGAAUUGGUGGGCUCAGCUCUGAACUCAGGCCAAAGAGUCGUAUAUAUCUGUGAUCAACGGCCAAACUGCAACGUGGACUGUUACGUUCUGUCUGGCUGAUUCCCCUUGCUGAUGUAGAAAUUAUUCCUUUAUUCCAUUCCCCUGCAAGUGUUUGGCACAGAAAUGCUGCUCCAGACUGCCACAAAGGGGGCAGUUACAUUUCAAGAAGAGAGGACAUGAGCUGCAGUGAGAGAGUAUGGUUCUUUCUUUUUAGUUUUGGCUGGAGGAAAAAUUCCGCAUAAGGGAUGAGUGAUUAUUUUCAUUUAUAUGGGCAGUGCCUGUAUGAAUUAAAAUGUCAAGAGCUUUUGAUAUCAAAAACUCAGGGUGAAUAGUUACCAUAGACACAAGUAACUACAUUUAAUUUAAGCUAGUGCUUCUUAUGGGUGCAAGCUGAAUGCAGGAUAAAAUAACUAAUGUAACAGAGUGCAUAGUUACUGUAUUUUCACAACCAGAAGAUUUUUUUUUUCCCUUUACAGUCUUAAUCCCUAACAUCACAGGCAAGGUAUUUUUAAUAGGCGCUACACUAAAAUAGAACACAAAUAAGAAAAAGGAAAUUCUUUUUCACACCUCUUUGCUGGAGGAAAAUACUCAGGAAAAAAAAUGAUGCCUGGUUUUCAUUUGCUUGGGAUUAGGGUGAGAGACAUUGCCUUGAACAAGGAGCUUGGAAUAUCUUUAUGGCUCACCACAAUAUUAAAAAGAUGGUAGAGAAGGAUGUGGAGUACACAAAACAGAAGUCAGAGAAGUUACUAGGUUUCAUAGCACUGAAGGAGCUGGGCCUGCUCUUGGCAUAUUUAAUCCAAACAUAGCAUGUUCAUGGGGGCCUGGGAAGCUCUUAGACAUUUCUUCUGUGCUGGAAAUUUACUUGAGAUUGAGUUAUACUUGAGAUCAAAAUUAAAGAAAGAGAAACGGGUCUGCCUGUUUGGUGUAUGCAUGCAGUAUCCAAGCUCAGAGGGAGAGCACUCACAAAAAGUUUCAUUGCCUGAACCCUGCUCCUACUAAAUGCUAUCUUCUGCUGCAAGUAAAGGUAGUAAAUAAACCUCUCCACUGCUCCUUGUAUGGUACUUACUGAGUUAAGGAGCACCGUGCAAAAUCUGAGGAGUCUUACCAGCUGUGAGUGCGAUUGUACAACUGAAUUCAGACCAUGAGAAGAAAGAAUCAGAGACUGGCUGUAAGAAAGACAGAGCUGUUUUGAGUUGAGUUGAAAAGUAAGAUGCAGCAGGGAAGUAUCUCAGAAACAAAAGCCUUACCAGCAGGAUCUGUGACCUUCAUGGAGGAGAUCGUGUCCUGGCUCAGUGUAUAAUGGUGCAGCACAUGCAGAUAGGAGCAGAGGCAGCUGUAUGCUGUUUUAUUUCAUCUACCUAAUUUUUUAUGCUGCUAAAAAAAAGAUUUUGUUUAUGGACUACAAUGAGUGGUCCCUAACACUUGGGAAUCUUGACAGCAUGUAGCCAGCAGCAACACAUCUCAAAUGCACUGAGCAAUUUGGGGCUCUAAGUGCUCCACAAACCAACAACUGGUGCAUGCUUUGUGCCUGCACAGUGCUGCUAAUGUAGACAGAGUUGCCCACUAAAAUGUGAAAGAAAUGGGAAAAAAAAACAACAAAACCAGCGUGCCCAGAUAACCCACAGGGGUCAGUGGAGAAUACCUUCUCUGAGGGACUGUUAAACCCUAUCAUAGAGUGAAGGAGGUCAAGGUGGUGAGAGAGGUGGGAAGGGAUGGUGAUGGUCCCUUUGUCAGGGAACUGCCACCUGAGAUUGUUCCUGCUCUUCAUGCGGGGCUGGGGCUGCUGGUUAAUCUCGAAGCCAACACUCCGUGCUAUGUGCCCUGGUGUCUCCUUGGGGUCCCAUGUGAUAUCCCUGUAGCCAUAAAAGACUGCCUAAUUUUUAAAUGCUUUUGUUGCAUUUCAGAGCCUGUAAUUAUGCAAGGGCUGUAUCAUUGCCCAUGAGAGGGUGGGGUUGGUCUUUUUUCUGUUUUUUUUUUUUGUUGCUGUUGUUUUGGUUUGCUGUGUUUCUUUUUUUUUUUUUUUUUCAAAUUUGAAGCUGAGGGAGCUUGUUGUUGGCCUGACAGUGUGGCAGAAGGCCCUGGAGGCUGUUUGUGAGAGUGAAGUGUGGUGGGACACAGCGCUGGCAGGCUCACCCACAGCUUGCUGGGAGAGUGGUGGCUGGCACGUGCUGUCCCCUCACCACAGCUGGGUUGUGUUUUAGGACAUGCUCAGUCAAACAGCCUGAACCCACAAAACUGGAGAGCAUACUUACAGUGAGUGGUGUGCAGCUGGUCAGUGUCCUGUGCUCGGGGCUGCUCCUCGGUCCUGUUCUUCUUUCAGGGGGACAGAAGUCUAAAGGAGAAGACUGCUGAAAUGCUGUGUUUGUUCCUCAUCCCCAGGCACAUGGCUUGCUUACAGACAGGUCCAUGCCUGCCGUUGUGGAGUUAUGUUUGUUUAACUGCUGAAGAUGAAGUCAUGCCUGCAACAUGCCCAUCCAAAAUGCACCCCAGGUCACAGCCCUUACAUGAACAUUCAGCUGGAAAAGCCCCAGAGCUUGCUAUCUACUGCCAAACAGAGGAAAAAAAGUUUGUUCUUACAACUGUUAGCUAUUCUUUAUAGAAACUGCUUACAUCUUUUAAUUGCUUAGUAAUAUAUCCAUUAAAAUAUAAUGUUGCAAAAGAGCACCAGAAUCCUGAGAGUUUUUACACACUUCUUAAGCACAGGACUAGACUCUUGGUAGCACCAGCACUGCUUCUGCUGAGUGCUUUGUAGGGCAUUUACUACUUUCAAGACGGGGUGGAAAAAUCAGAGAGAUGUUCUGGUUUACAGAGGCACUGAGAGGCUGGAAAAGAGUGGAAAUACAUACUACUGUGGCAAAUAAACCCUCCUGAGUGGAAUGGCACGGGCUGGGUAGGAACACAGCUGUACUGAGCCGCAGCCAGGACACUACACUAUUUCUCUCUGAGUGAUUAAAUGUGU